AUUGCAGUUUUUCAUUUCCCUUACUCCUCAUUGACUUCUUGUAUCAUUCUUCGAGUUAGCAAAAUUCUCUUCUUCCUUUUUUCCUUAAUAAAGAACAGCUUAAAUAUUUCGCUAUGAACGAGAGAGAAGACAUGGGGAGAAGGCUAUAUGAAGCCUGUUUAAGCGGGAGUGUCUCAGCAUUAGACGCAUUGAUCGAAAAAGAUCCACUCAUUCUUGACCGAGUUAGCUCACUAACGCGCUUCUCCAACGACACCCCAUUGCAUGUAGCAGUAUUACGCGGUCAUUUGGACUUCACGAAAGCCCUUCUAGCUCGGAAACCAAAACUUGCCACCGAGUUAGACUUGCUACGGUGUUCGCCCCUCCACUUAGCUUCCACUGAGGGCUAUGUCGAGAUUGUACAAGUGUUGUUAAGAGUGAACAAAGACCUUUGCUUUGCUCGUGAUCAAGAUGGUAGAAUUCCUCUCCACUUGGCGGCCAUGAAAGGACGAGUUGAGGUCAUAGAGGAACUGCUUCGGGCCGAACCAAAUUCAAUUCAUGAGAAAUUAGGCAAAGGGGAGAUUGUUCUGCACUUGUGUGUCAAAUAUAACAAGCUAGAGGCUUUGAAGACAGUGGUGACAUAUUUAGAGAGGAACCACAUGGAUAAUCUCCUCAACUCUAGAGACGAUGAUGGAAACACAGUAUUGCAUCUUGCUGCAGCCCUCAAACAAAUUGAUACCAUAAAAUUCUUGUUGGAAUUAAAGAGUGUCAAAGACGAAGCUAAUGUCAAGAACCAAAAUGGUUCUACAGCUUUGGAUGUUGUGGAGGACACUCCUAACAGAGGCGAAAAAACCAUGGAAAUAAGAAAGUUUCUUGCACAAGCUGGUGUUCGUCAAUCCACUCCUCCAUCUAAACUGCAUAGUCUGCAUCUGUUUUGGAAUAAGUAUUUCUUGGUUGGGAGUGACUGGCUCCGAGAGGUACGCGGCCAUUUAAUAACGGCAGCCACUCUAACGGCAACCAUGGCUUACCAAGCUAUUCUAAGUCCGCCUGGUGGUUUCUGGCAAGAAUCCCGUAAAGGCGUAACUGCUGGACAAGCUGUCAUGGACAGUUAUCACAGCGAACUUUAUGCUGCAUACUUACUUGUUAACACCGCAGUGUUAACAUCAUCAUUGAGCACUAUUAUGUUGGCCUUGAGCGGACUCCACAACAAGUUUUUGAUAUGGAUGUUGAUAUUAACUGUGUAUAUGUCACUUUCAUGUAUGGCCGGAGCUUAUGUGAUGGCUGUCUUAAUAGUUUUCCCAGAAGUGUGGAAUUAUUUCAAGUUGCCUCUGGAGAUAUUCAAUGGAAUGUUGUAUAGUUGGAUGGGUAUAUGCGGAAUCGUUCUGGUGCUUCUCGCAGGCAACUUCUUCUUAUGGCUGCGAAAAAGGUCUAAACAGCUUGGGAACAAGUUGAAAAAGUUUCGAGAAUGUCGUACAUGCUACGAACCACAAGCUACAAAUAGUAUUGAUGGUGAUCAGGUCAGUAAUAGCGAUGCUCGUGAUAAUACAACCCGCAGCCAUAAGUGCAUUGGAAACUUCUGUUAGCUAGCACGUCGUUGGAGUACUCUGGGAUUCCAUUCCGAGCGGAGGAUUUGUGCUUGUGGGCCGGGACAAUUGUCGCAGAGCAGUGGAUCUGGAGUAGUCGACAAUCUUUAGUAAAGAGUACUACGUAUGAUGUGUGUGCGUGAGAUAUGGCCCUUUAUUCAUGUGAGUGUGUGAAUUUAUGUAAUUUGUGCGUGUCUAGCUACUUGCCUAUUGGCAUGGACUAUAUGGAGUAGCAUGAAAGAAGCAAGAGCCGUCUUUGUGUAUUUUGUUUACGGUUGUGGGUGCCUUGUGUUUGUUGUAUGGUUAUUAAUGAAUAAUGUUCGGUUUGUUGUGUGUUGGUCAA